CUAAGUGAUAACACCGACACUACGCAUCCCACAGCGCGACACCCCCAGAGAAGCCCUGACAGGCAGGGGACCGCCGGAUGAGAGGGCGCUGCACGGCUCCGGCAUGUGUGUAACCAGGAUGCUGCUGUAACAGAGGCGUCACCGCCAGCCUUACCGGUUCUAGUGUCGGGCAGCCGGGAGUCGCCGUGACGCACUCUUUGCGCAUCCGGAGAUCAUGUCGGUGUGAGCGGCCGGACAUGGAGGCUGCUGCUGCUGCCGGUGAUGAGCGCGGGCUGAGCCUGGCAGUGUGGACGGUGUGCGCGGUGGCCCUGCCGGUACUGAUAACGCUGUGGUGCAGUGUGCGCCGCUCCCGGCGGAGGUACCUGUCCCCGGCCGGGAAGCACUGCUGGCAGGACACGGAUCUAUUCGGACGGCCCACGUACUGCUCGGUGUGCGGCCUGCACAUCCUGCGGGGAGCGUACUGCCUGUGCUGCGGCCUGUGCGCCGACGAGCCCUGCGUGUGGACGGCCAACAGGCGCUUCUCCUGCAAGGACGGGCUGGGGUGCCGAGAUGGAGCCGCCGGCCGGAGUCAUCAUCACUGGGUCCGGGGGAACGUUCCGCUCUGCAGCCAGUGUGCGGUGUGCGGCCAGCAGUGCGGGAGCCAGCCCAAGCUAUGCGACUACAGAUGCAUCUGGUGUCAAAGAACUGUCCAUGAUGACUGCAUACAAAGCCAUUUGAAGACCGAGGACUGUGAUCUUGGUGAAUUUAGAAACCUCAUUAUACCACCAAAUUAUAUUUUGGCUGUUAAACAGAUGAAGAAGAGCAAACCUCCAGAUUGUAUGAAAGAGUUAGUGUCUGCUAUGGGAAGUAACUGGACGCCUUUGAUUGUUUUGGCAAAUACACGAAGUGGGAACAAUAUGGGUGAUGUUCUAGUUAGUGAAUUUAAAGGUCUUCUAAAUCCUGUACAGGUAUUUGACUUGAGCAAAACAUCUCCUUACAAAGCUCUUCAACUCUGUACACUCCUUCCUGCUAAUUCUGCCAAGGUGCUGGUCUGUGGAGGGGAUGGCACUGUCGGAUGGGUACUCGAUGCUGUCGAUGAGAUGAAAAUAAAGGGCCAAGAAAGUUCAGCACCACAGGUAGCAGUAUUACCCCUGGGAACUGGCAAUGACCUGGCUAAUACAUUAGGAUGGGGAGCAGGCUAUGCUGGGGAGGUGCCCGUGGAACAAAUACUGCGGAACGUGAUGGAAGCAGACAGUGUUAAGCUGGACCGGUGGAAAGUGCAGGUUACUAACAAGGGCUACAGUCUAAGGAAGCCAAAGGUUCUGUCAAUGAAUAAUUACUUCUCAAUAGGACCCGAUGCCCUGAUGGCUUUAAAUUUCCAUACACAUCGAGAGAAGACACCUUCACUGUUUUCAAGCAGACUGGUUAACAAAGCAGUAUAUUUAUUUUAUGGAACCAAGGAUUGUUUGAUUCAAGAAUGUAAAGAUCUCGACAAAAAAGUUGAGCUUGAAUUGGAUGGAGAGAGGAUAUGCUUGCCUAAUCUGGAAGGAAUUGUUGUCCUGAACAUCGGCUACUGGGGUGGUGGCUGCCGUCUGUGGGAAGGGAUGGGGGAUGAGCCAUACCCUCUAUCAAGACACGAUGAUGGUUUAUUGGAAGUUGUAGGAGUUUAUGGGUCAUUCCACUGUGCUCAGAUUCAGGUUAAAUUGGCAAAUCCUGUCCGUCUUGGCCAAGCACACACUGUAAGGCUUAUUUUGAAGAAUUCGAGAAUGCCAAUGCAGGUUGACGGAGAGCCGUGGGCCCAGGGGCCAUGCGUAGUCACUAUCACACACAAGACACAUGCAGUCAUGCUGUAUCAUUCAGGAGAACAGACGGAUGAUGAUGAUGAUCCCUCCAGUGAAUCAGACCAAGACACAUAAGAUGCUGGGAAUCUUAGUGAUGGGGAAAUGUAGGCAAUCAAAACCACAUAAAAGGAGAUAUUUUUUUGAUGAAAUAAUAUAUAAAAUAUCUAUGUGAGGGGCACCAUUUAUUUAUUUAUACUUUAUUUUAUUUUUUUAACUAUAUAAUCUUUUGUGAUGCGAGAGACUGUGACUCUUUUAUAUGACCUGUCUUUUAACUAGUUUACAUCAAUCACAGCUGUGAUCUCAAAACACUGUAAUUACACUUUUACUGUUGUAUCGUCUUUGUCUUCGUAAAUCUCUGCUACAAGAAGGCCAAUGUGCAGUGAUAUCCAAGGGGAACCUAUGCAUAGAAUAGCAUGGAAACGGUAUGGAGACUGCCAUGGCUGGAGUAAUGGGAUCUAAUCAGCAGUAUAAUGGCUAUAUGGGCAUAUUUUCCUGUCACGUAUAUAAAUGAGGAUUGCCUUCAGCUUGAAAACCAUUACUUAUACUAUUAGUACUGAAUUACAUUUGUGUAUACAUUUAAACAUUCCCAUCUUUGAGUGAGUUUUAUGUUGAAGAAAAUUACAGUAGAAGUAAGUGCACUUUUCACGAAACAAGCCGUUGUUUGAGGCAGCCCACUCCUUAGAUUAGUUUUGCACAAAAAUGACUGGUUUUCCAGAGGCGUCAGGCUGAGUGACCAGAACUGCUCACACAUCAUUUGGCACUUUAUAUUGAGGGGCAUGGGGCCAAAGGUUGCACACACCAGCAGAUAAUAGUCCUCAUCCAGGCAUUCCUGAUUUAAAUAUCAAUCUGGUGAAGACUUUGAUAGGGAGUGGUGGUCAUUUCCGGCUUGCACAUAGCACCUGGACCUAAUAUGACUGAAAUGUCUGUAAACUGCUGUGUGUUUAGACUCCAUUGUAUGUGCACAACAACCAGACGGGAGGCAUUAAUUUUGCCGGCUGUCAGGAUACUGAUACCGGAGUCCCGACACCCGGUGAAAUACCAGCGGUCGGAAUCCCCACUCAGGGGGUGGUCCACACCACCUCCCAAUGGUGUAUAGAACUCUGUUCGGUCGCCACCGUGCCCGAAGCGUGGCGAGCGAAUCGAGCCUGCGGGGGGACAUGUUGCACUUGCCGCCGGUAUUCCGGCUGCCGGUCGGCAUAUCAUAGUGAACCCAGCUAGACCAAUCACUACACAAAACAAAAUAACAGCAGACAUUUGUUUUAUUUGCAAGCUCCGUUCUAUGCAUGUCUAGCUAAUUAAAGACUAUGGGCCUUAUUCAGGUUUGUUAGCAGACCAAAAAAGUUAGCAAUUGGGCAAAACCAUGUGCACUGCAGGGGGGGCAGAUGUAACGUGUGCAGAGAGAGUUAGAUUUGGGUGGGGUGUGUUCAAACUGAAAUCUAAAUUGCAGUGUAGAAAUUAAGCAGCUAGUAUUUUCCUUGCACAGAAAGAAUAUAACCCACCCAAAUCUAAAUCUCUCAGCACAUGUUACAUCUGUCCCACCUGUAGUGCAACAUGGUUUUGCUCAGUUGCUAUCUUUUUUGCAAUCAAACCUGAAUAACCCCUUAAGUACAUUCUAGUUAUGAUGUGCAGUUUUGUUACAUUUGCUUGCUGAUCUCAGACUGUAGGAAAUGCUUACAGUAAUUGGAUGCUAUUCAGGAGUAACACAUUCAACAGAUUGCACUGAUAAUGGUGCAACAAAGUCACAGAUUUUUCAAAGGGUAUUUUUUCUGACAAUUUAAAUGCAGCUGCAAGUUGCCAGUGAUUUUGCCUCCAAAUUGUUGUAUGUAUCAUCCAGUGGUUAGGAAGCCUAAAAUUCAAAUAGUUUAUUUGUAGCAAUUUUGAAAUGGUAAACUUGCUGGAGAUUUAGCUCAAAUUAUCAGAAAAAUCACCAGAAAAAGGCUCAGGCCAGCAAGAACCUAAAGGCUGCACAUUACACUUCUGUAUUAAGGUGUAAAUGAUUACAAUUAUUUAAUGGAUUUAUCAUUGCAGGCAAAUUGCAAAAUGUAUUAUGUGCACAACACAUUAUUUCAUAGAAAUUAAGAGGCCAAUAUUAUUUGCAAAUUAAAUAACGCAGCAAUCCAUAUUUUUACUUUCAUUGAGGCCAAUUUAAUGAUUCAGGGAACAAUUAUCACAAACUUGGAGGCACAUGAAUGCUGGCACUUUUAGUUCCACAUAAUGAAUAUGUAAUUAUAAUUGCCACCUUAAUUCAUCUUUGUAAAGUACAUAGUUAUGACUUGCUCUCCAGCUCAAAAUUCCAGUCUUAGUCUAUGGGGGGAAUUCAAUUAGAUGCGGUAAUUUAGAGCAGUGCUUCUCAACCUCGGUCCUCAAGAACCCCCAACAGUUCAUGUUUUCCAGGUCACCUAGCAGUUGAACAGAUGUAUUCAUUACUCACUGACACAUUAUAAAAGACCAGGUGUAUAUACAGAAAGAAAAAGUAUG